GCAUCCACGCUGCAGAGCGAAUGCAUCACCCCCAUCGAAGGGCCGUCGUUGACUUGUCCUGCUAGCAAUUUCGACACGGAGUUGCCGCCCACGGCUUUGUCCUCAUACCCGUACGUCCAGUGCAAGGUUUGCGGUAUCUACGGGAUGACCGCUGAUGAGGACACCCGCCGGGGCUGGUACACAGGAACGCUGCGUUUCGGGCCUAACCAGAUGAAGGGUGCUGUCGACGAGGAUCCGAUCUCCGAGUACCGCGUCUACCUUGCCGACAAUGAGAGCGCUCCGAUCGGCCAUGCCCUUGCAACCGUACCCGUUGACACAGUAUCCUCCUCAGGCUCGUGUUGCGACCCUGGCAAGUAUACCGUGUCGUUGUCCUGCAUAGAGGUCACGAAGGACAUUCGAGAACGGAUGCCGUGGCCGUCGUGA